CCAGACGUUACGUACCUCCAGUUUACAAAAUGCAGAUUAGAGGCGCUGUCAGGUUCACAAAACAGCAACCAGAUACUUAGUCCUGGUACUGCUGUACACCAGGAAAUACACUAUGCCGAGUAAACAGAGGAUAUCAGAAAUCUAAACAUCUCAUUCUAGAAAUGCGAGCGACCAUGACUAGCAGCAGACGGCGUGAGAGUCCUCGGAUCUGUUCAGUAGAAUGCGCCAGUCACCUUCUGUCAAAGAGACCCCGGCUAAAGGAUCUGUCCAUUCCUGAAAACGCAGGUAAAACAUUUCAAGCGCUUCCAAUCUGGAUGCGCCUAUAUUUUUAUGGAAUGCACGGGAUUACGUUGGACAUCAUCAUUUCGUCCGUGCAGAGAUUUGUAUACACCACUGAUUUGAAGCUGCUGGGGUUCUCCUCUCCUUAUCUUUGCAUUGCCCACUCAAUUACCCAUUUUGCUCUGGAGAAAAUGUAUUUGCAGAAGAAGAGCUUCCAAGGGCGCCCUGUUGUUUUUAAUUUUAUCUUGUAUCCUUCGGUCUAUAUAGGGAUACAGCUUUUAGUGGGGAAGACGGUUGUCAGCACAAAUAACGCCAAAUGUCUGUCUGUAGUCAAUAUUGCUGUUCUGUACCUCAUCGCACUGUACUACUCUCAAGUGUUUCUCAAGCGAUUCUUACGCCUGCAGUACCAUUGCUCAAAGAAAGGCACGCCGACUGCACUUAUAGACAUGUCUUCUCAACGACUUCCUGACAUUAUUCGAUUCUUGUUCUUUGGCAUGCAUGGUUUUUUAGAUGAAGUCCUUUUCACUUCAUUUUUCAAUCUUGUUGAAAAUUCAGACCAAACCUUGACUGGGCACACCUCGCUGUGGUCCUUUCUAAUGUACGGAAGCUGCAGUUUCGUGGUGGAAAAGCUGUAUAUGUAUCUUCAUUACAAAAGAGGCUGGGGAGCCUGGAAAAGGCUUCCAAUAUACAUACUUUUUAUUUACACCUGGGAGUUUUCCUGGGGAUUGGGCCUUCGACAGUAUAAUGCUUGUUCAUGGGACUAUUCGCACUAUCCUUUGAAUUUUAAGGGGCUCGUAACACUGGUGUAUUUACCUGGGUGGGUGUGCCUCAGUUUGUACCAGGACAUGCUCUCUAACGUGCUGCUGCGUGUCGAAUGUGCCGAAAGCAGAAUCUCACAAACCUCUGCUAAUGCCAUGGACGGGACUGAAUACCAAUCAAAGGACAUUUAACUUCACGAAUAAAGCCGCAUCCUUCUCACUGUCGUUUUAUAUACAAAAAACGUUUUUAACAACAAUGCUUUGAUUUUCAGCUUAAAAUCGUGAGUGGAUUUGAAAUAUUCAGUAUAAAGCAGUCAUUUAUACCGUUUAUAAAUAGUUUAAUAUAAAAUAAAAUUGUUUACAAAUUAUAAUACAGCAAGAAUUAAUCUAAACAAGCGACACCAGGUAAACUGCCAUUUAUAUACAAAAUGUAAUUCUUUUUGAUACAGAAUCAAGGGGGUGUACUGGCAAAGGACAUCAAAGAAGUAAAGAAGUAUGCCGACACAUGUUUGUAGGAAGAAUAUAUUACAUUGAAUUAUUGACAAUUUAGUUAUGUAGUUAUAGUGGAAUUGGAUCCCAGUAUUAAUCUAUACCACAUUUUCCAUUAUAAAACGUUAAAAAAAGGGGGGGAGGGGAGGGGCAAUAAGCAAAUAUUUAUAUAAUAUUUUAUUAAAUUAUGUGAUAAGCAAACUAUAUGCUUAUAUGAUCCGAACUUAAUAUUGCAACAGGGUUGCCAACCUUCAGUACAUUUGGGAAUACUCAUUUUAGACGGUAUAACCUAUGUCACUCUGCUCCAAUUCCUUUCCAUUGUUAUAAGAUAGAACUUGAAAAUGCCAAAGUUCUAAUGCAAGUGAUAGAGGCCAUUUAACUGCCGACUUAUUUUCAAUAGGGAUUUAAAAAAUCAAUUUACAGUAAAAGACAAACAGAAGUUAAUAUUAUUAUUAGUUAUAUACGUGUUAGAAUGUCUAUCCGUGUCAAAUACUGUUUAAGAGGUUUGCAACCCUGAAAAAGAACGUUCCCUUACCUGCAAUAAUUUAAGCGGAUGUUUUGAAUCUGUUAGUACACUAACCCAACAUAAAGGAUGGCACAGGCAAAUACUUUACUUUUCCUAUAGUUCCACUGUCUGUCAAUGGCACUAUAGUGCUGUGAUUCUUCCACAUAUUCUGGUUCUGGCAACAGAAGUGAAAUGUAAUUUGUCUGAUUACAAAGUUUACAAAUAUAUAGUUGUUAAGUUACACAGUUUUCAAAUAAACUAAAGCUACCCUGGAAUGUAAAUAGACUUUUGGCAUGCAUUAAGACUUGCACAAUGUUGUCAGAACAUCAAUGAAAUGUUAACUGUAAAUCAACUAAGGAAUAUUUUUUGUGGCACUACACAUUUACACAAAACAUAUUUGUUACACUUAGUAUUGAUUAAAUAUUAAAUUGAUAAUUAUUUAAAAAAUGAAGUACAUUGUGCAGUUUUCACUGUUAGUUUUAAUUAAAAACCUAUAACUUUGUAUACAUUUUAUUAAAAACAUUAAACCCUAGUUUUAAUAAAAAUCAAUA